GUUGCAAAGGUGGGUACACACAAGCGCGGGCAUUUUUUUUUUUUUCUUGAAGGGCAGUUGUGCAAUUAGCUGUACGAUUAGCUGUGCCAUUGCGAACACAUUCCACGCCAAAGUAGACACAGCGCAGUUGCCCACGCAUACAAACACACACAUAUAUAUAUACUGGUCUGCUAAUUCAGAUGCGUGCUCCUCCUAAGGGUGGCCCUUUUUCCUCGCUCCCGCUUUAGCGAUACACUUCCCAAGUCAAAUUUGACCCCCAAAACUGACGGCUCAAAAUGAAGCGAAUGCUUUUGCUCACGCUCACCGCCUUGUUUUUCGCUACGAGCCGCGACGUAGGACUGUGCCACAUGUGCACAACUGACCUGUGCGGGAGAUGCUGCCGCCCCACGCGAGAUGGCUGCGAAAAUAAUUUCCAACGCACGAUGAGGGGGAAUGACCCCAGCGACAGCGUAUACUGCAGACUCUGCGACUGCAGCAAUCCAAGCACAGGCUGUGGUUGGGUCGGAGACACCUACGGGAAAGUGAUGUGCACGAGUUGCGAGUUCAUCAAGCAUGCCUCUGUCAAAGUAAAAUAUUUCGAUAUAGCAGGCUGUGGACAUGAACUGAAGAGGGGAAACCUUCUCAAUAGUGCCUGACGUGGUGGACUAAAGACCAUAUCAGUGCUCUCGUGGGGAGCACCUCCCGAAUGGGUAUUUCCCCCCAUGUGUGGAUCUUCCCGUGGGUGUGCUUUCCACCACUUGUUAGUGUUUUUUUCUUUUGUUAACUAUUUUGUAACUCAUCAAUUUGUUUAUUUUGCGGGUGGCUCGAGGUUGGUAAAGAA